GUGGUGACGUCGGCAGAAGCGACGAGAGCAUUUCGCGACGACUUGCGCUAACCGCGAGCGAGACGCGCGGCGCCCGCGUGCCGCGUUUUCCCUCUCGCGGAGAAGAGUCGCCGACAGAGCGCCCGGCCAGAACGGUCCGGUGAAGUGAGCAAAUGAGCGAGAGAGAAGGAGAAAGAGGGAGAGGCGGUAUACCGUGAGGAAAUUCAGAUGAUCGCAGAUGGACUUGGGAGAAGGACGCUCGUGAGAUAACACGGUGAUAACGCGAUAAUGUGAUCUUUGGCUGUGAUCCGGAUUUUCAAGGCGACUCGAGAGGGCGAUUUCUUCAGUCGAUCUGGGUCGUCGCGUGAUUGAAAAUCCCGAGUGAUUCGAAUUCUUGACUUAAUGCAGUGCUUCGUGAGUGAUCUUGAUUCUCGAACGGAUCUUCCAGAUGUCGUCGGUGGAUCCGUUCGGCAGGAUUAAAAAUUGUUGGGAGAGACGGGAAGAUUGGAAAAUUAAAAAUUGAUGAGACGAAGAGCUCGGAACUUCGUACGAGUGAUAGGCUACGAACUUGUUGGGAUACAUGCUGAAUGGUAUUUUACGGGAUACACGCGCGAUUGGCAAGGUGUCGAGUGAACUGAAACGAGGUUUUCUCAAGUGGCGGAAUUGAUUGCGAAAAUAGAUCGAAGACUUCAACAACAAGUAUCAACACGGAGUGUUUUUACUCGAUCGAAUUGCUGACAGGAAUUUUGUCGAAUGAGCUUCGCUCGGGGAGUUUGCGUCGGCGAAUGUUGAUUCCAUGCUCAGAUUACGAUCCUCGUGCAGGAAAUUACGAAUCCCCCGAAGCAGCUAUGGGAUCGAUCGUCGAAAAACAUCGUAGCGAAGAGUCAUCGAAACCGAACGUUCCGUGGAAUCGGGCUGCGCCGACUUCGAUGCCGAAGAAACGUGCGAUCGGUGACGUCGUCGUCGGUGAUGGUGUCGGUGUCUGCGUGUGAAAUAAAAGCGCGCGAGGGGGAGAGAGAGAGAGAGAGAGAGAGAGAGAAAUCUUCGAUGAUGGAGAAACGGAAUGUGCGGUAAGCUUUCCGAAGUGAUGACAUUUUUCAAUCGCGAGAAGCCGCGACGUCGGCACUUUAAGCCAAUCUCGCGUGCGACAUAAAACUGAGAGGUAUCAAUAAUUUUCUCAGCCUGGCCCGUGUGAAUUGCAAGACCCGUUGUGGGUCAAAAUGAGUGCGAUUACUGGCGGCAUUACCAAGAAAAGAAAGAAAUCCGAUGCGAAGCCUCAGUCGCAGAUUAAUAAGUGCCUUAAUGAAAAAAGACGACGGACCCAAGAGAACUUGUACAUCGAUGAGCUUGCCGAGCUGAUUUCCGCCACGGAUAUGAGCUCUGGCAAGACCGACAAAUGCCAGAUCCUUCAGAGAACCGUCGAACAGAUUCGGCACAUUAGGCAACAAGAGAGCUCCAAUAAUAGUAAUGCCGUGCAACAGGGAGAAGUGUCUUCGUCGAAUCCUAGCAUAUUGUCCCACGAACAACUCAACCUUGCCGUAUUUGAUGCGGUAGAUUGUUUUAUGUUAGCCUUAAGUCCAGAGGGCCGCGUGGUGUACGUUUCGGAUAGCAUAACGAAGUACACAAGCUACACGAAGGACGAUGUACUCGGAAAGGAUAUUUAUAACUUUAUUCAUCAUGGAGAUCACAACACCUUCAUGCCUAGCUUGUUACCCAUGUCGUCUCUAGGCUGGACCAGCGAGCCACAUCCUGAGCACGGGAAACGUCGAUUUAAUUGCCGCUUCUUGGUGGACCCUCCCGAAGAUAGGGAAGUGACUAUGGAAGAGAAGCAACAACGAGUAGCGAAGUACGAGACUAUGAAUAUCAAGACUGUUCCUCUGCCCAAGAAGAAUGAGCCAAUAGACAGCGGUGAUAUAUCCUCCGAAUCAGCUACUAGUUGCGUGAUAUGCGUAGUGAGUAAAUUAUCGUCGAACGAACUCGUUGCUCCCGUUGAGCAAUUUACCAUCAAAUUGGAUCCCACCGGGAAGAUAACUCAGGUCGACAUCAGUUGGUUGUCCCCAAAGUACGCCAAGUACAUAAACAAGGAGCUGAUAGGUACAACAAUUAAGGAUUUGUGCCACCCUCAAGAUCUCAAUACGCUCAUGAAGCAUUUGAGCGAGACGCUUCAAGUCGGAGAAAAUACGAGCGAACAGUACCGACUGCACGUUAGUCCUGAUAAGUUCCUUAAGAUACAAACAAAGUCAAAAGUUUUUAAAUCGAAUAUGAAUACGCACGACGGCGACUUCAUAAUGGCAACUAGUUCCAUCAUAACGGACAAUGACUUAAUGUCUAUCGAGGGUGGUCAGCUUUCCAACAACAAAGUGUGCUCAGGACACUCUAGCAACCGUUGUGUGAAUAAUAGUAGUAAUAAUAACGGUAACAAUAACAAUAACGUGGGUGGCCCGCUGAUGUCCGUCGCGCAUCUGAACGGUCAAGUGAGUGGUAUCAGUGCUCGCGGUAUGGCGGCAACGGCCGCCACCUCGUCGAACUCGAUCGCCUUUAGCACGGGGGGUGCCAGCGGCAGCGGCGGCGGAGGCGGCGGCGGUGGUGGCGGUGGCGGUAAUAGUGACUCGUGCAACCCCCUAACGCUGAACACGUCGGCCGGCAAUUCGUUCGGCAACCUUUUUCCGGGAAACAUGGACCUGGAGCUCGAAUUCACAUACCCGAGUUCCACGUGGGACUUGGAUGGUAGCGCCGGGUGGACGGAUAGGCCGGAGUCGAGAGCGAGCGGGCCACCAAACUCACGACCACCUUCCCAGCCAUCCCCGACAUCGCCGAGUCCGCAGGGAACCUUCUCUAGCUCGACGUUAAUGCCUAUAGACAGACUUAGCCCGAAUCCGGUCUGCAUCGCUCCCACCUUCAGUAAUUCGUUCCCCUUCAGUCCUCUUCAGGAGACCACGCAGACGGCCACGUUGAGCAGUGCUGCUAGCAGUAACGUCAGCACCAACGGCGGCAGCGGCGUCGGGGUUAGCGGUAUCAGCAGCGGCGUUGCUGGCGUCGGCGGUAACAACACUACGACAAUCGUUAAACGAACAGAAGAGAGCAACAAGAGCGGGUGUCCUACUAGCAACAGCGGUGGCGGUGGUACCACAGACAACGCGACUACGAGGACCAGCAACACUGCCGUCACCGCCGUCGAGACUCAGAACAACAGUGUUGUGUCCACCGAGUCCGUUAGGCUCAGAAACUUAUUGACGAAGGGCGCUAGUGAGGAUAGCCAGGACAAUACGAACAACGAUUCGGAUAAUCAGAACAAGCAUCGGAUAUUGAAGAUCCUGUUGAAUCAGCAGGACGAAGACGAUUAUCAUUCGGAGCAUAAAGUACGUACGAGCCCUAGCAACAUGCCAAAGCCGAGCAUGGAACACUCUAAAUCGUCGCUCGGAAACAACAUGUUAUUACAGUUAUUAAACGAGAAAAAUGACGACGAGGACGAAGAGACACGUGCCGGGGCAAAGAAAAGAAAUGAACUUCUGCAACAGCUGAUGAAAGAUGACGAAGAGAAAAAGUUGCAGGAACAACAGCACAAUCGAGAAAACGACCCCCUUCUGCGGAGUCUUGGAUUCAACACUACGUCUCCGUCUCCGUCGCAAUCGAGUGAUCAUGCCAGCCUCGGGAACGCGACGCAGGUAGGCCAGAAGAGACCGGGAGAAGAUGGUGAUUUGAACGUAGCUGUCAAGCGGCCUGUGGACGGCUCGCAGGUGUCUUCUUCGGGGACAAGCUCCUCGAAUGCAACGAGUAAGCUAUGGGAGAAGAAUAAGAUGUUGGCGUCGUUGUUAGCGAAACAGCCGCCACAAUCAACGAAUAUACCACCGAUUCCUCCGGAUGUGAUAUCGGCAACGCCACACGAGAAUAAUAAGAUGCUUCGCUCAACAAAACAACAACAGCAGCAGCAGCAGCAGCAGCAGCAACAACAGCAGCAGCAGCAGCAACAGCAGCAGCAGUCGCAACAACAACAGCCGCAACAGCAGCCUUGGACCGGUGGCAAUAUGCAAGUUGGUGGUAAUAAUGCGAUCACGACGACCGCGACGUCGGCGCGUCCUCUCCAAAGCCAGUCGAGACAACUACCUCGUCAAGCAACCAAUACCUACCUCAGUCAUAUGCUAAGUCAGCAACAGAGGCCCCAAAUGGGACUCGAGUCCGAGUUUGCGGGUAGCGGAGAAUAUCGUCAAGCUAGGAACGAUCCAACCAACUGGGAUAAUCAGUCGUCGGAUCCGGAUCUCUCGGAAAUUUUGGAUCAAGUUAUCGAAUUUGUCCCGGACGAAGCUAUCGCAACAAUCAAUCUUCUGCAAGUAAUGAUGCAACCAGUCACGCGUGGCAGCGAAAGACAUCUUCUAGAUGUUAUCGAAGUGCCGGAGAACAAUGCCAUGAACGAGACAAUGGCCAUUAACGCUAUUCAAAAGACGUUGAUGUCGUUGGAGAAUGACGUGAAUUCGACGUCCUCCAGUAUAACUAUGUCUAGCACGCCUCCAGCCUAUUCGACUGCGAUGGGAACGACACCCGUGACGACUUCCAGUCACAAUUACCAGCCACCUCCUAUGUAUCAACAGCCCAGGAUGAGGUUCAACGCCCAACCGGGCAUCAGACAGACCGGCCAGUUUACGCAGCUGCAGCAGCUGCAACAGCAACGUUCUAAGCUCAUACAUCAGCAGCAACAGCAGCAGCAGCAGCAGCAGCAAAAGCAACGAUUAUUGCAACAACAGCAGCAACAGCAGUUGCUUAUCCCGUCGAAUGCUACUGCGACGGAUCAAAUUAGCAGUGGAAUUCACAAUAUCGACAACCUUUUGAAUAAUACCGUUGCGCCGCCGAAUGUAUCGUUGCAGCGAUCGAGUGUCCCAGAUUCACAAGUUUCUCCAGGCUAUGGGGCAUCCGUCCAGAUGGCUUCUGGUCAUCGACUCACUCAUUCGUAUUCCCAUCCAUCGACGAUACAGCAGCACCACAUUGUGAAUAACAAUUUCAACAGUGGUCAACAAGUGUCUGCCGCGGCGAGGCUUUCGCCACAUUCUCCGGCCGGUAUGCUGUCGUUCUCUCAUCCGCCGUUAUCGCCACGGGUGGCACAAGGCAAUUACGGCAACACACCGAGAUUAUUCAACGUGAACCAGGUGAGGCCGCAGCAGCAGGUCACGGCGCAACAACAGUUGCAGCAGCAACAGCAACGAUCGAUGCCCUCACCGGGGACGGCGGCCUCCGCCCGGCAAUCCCCGUUCCCUGCCGAGGCGUUUCCUCCACCGACGUCGCCCACGGCCAGCCAGUUCCCACCGGGAGUUCCCAAUACUGGCGCGCCAAAUCCGUCGGCCCAAUAUAGGCUGCAACGGACCACGUCUACGCCUUCUGCUACGACACAAUUGCCAGGUGGAAUUGGAUCGCCUAGGCACUACGGCGGCGUGAGUAAGGAACAACCUCUUCUUUCACCUAGUCAUUCACACUCGGCUUGCCCGGCAACACCUACCCAUAAUCAACACAAUGCCACGAAUACACAACACUUUACGAGCCAACAACACACCCCCAUGUUAUACCAACACACCAACGCCAACACUAUCAACACGGCAGAAAUGCAGAACAAUCAGUUCUGUUACGAUCGGUCGUCAGUACCGCUGUAUUCGUCUGGCGGGGAGGCGCAAGAUGCCAGGUCACUGCCUUCCGGUAAUCCUGUCAAUCACCAAAUAGGUGGUAACGCCAGCACCUCGGAAUUCGUGCGGCAAGAAGUGAGGGCGAUUGUUGGCGCGCGAAUGCAACAGCAGCAGCAGCAGCAGCAGCAGCAACAGAGAGUGCCCAAUAAUCUACAGAAUAAUCUUUCUGGUCAAGUUUCUCAGGACGAUCUUGAAGCACUUGGUCUGACAUUCGAGAUGCCUUCUGCAGGUGAGGCUGUGGUUAGCGAUGGCCCCGCCAAGAUCUGGGGGAGCGCCGGAAGUGCCCCCUCGUCCUCCAGGAUUACUAUGGAGGAGGCACGAGGUGAUCCGACGAAGUCAUCGUUGCUGCAGAAGCUACUGCAGUCCGAGUGACUGCAGGCCACUAUCCCGUCAUGCAGUAAAGAGUUAUAUGUAAUAUAUUUUUGAGUGUGCGGAGAGCGAAACGGAGAUAUAUAGGACGUAAAAAAACGCGGAAGAGAGCGAGAGUGCGAAAAAAAGAGAGAAAAUGCGUGAGAAAGAGAGUUAUAAAAUGCAUAUACACUUAUACGUAAUGGAUACUAUUGUAUUAUAUGUAAUGUCACACACGGAGUCAGUAUUCAUAUACGUAUCACCAAAUACAAUGCAAAACUAGCGCGCGGUGCUCUCUAGAAUGUUGCCCGUCGAUCAGUCGAAAAAGGUACGAGAGCGAGAGAGAGAGAGAGAGAGAGAGAGAGAGAGAGAGAGAGAGAGAGAAGGAGAAAAGGAGAAUGAGAAAAUAGAAAGAUAAAGAUAGAGAGAAAAAGAGAGAUAAAAAAAAGGGGGAAACGGCGGGACCUAUUUCCCUUUCCUUUUACUUUUCGAACUCGAAGGACCAAAAGUUUCCGUUUUUGUUUGGCUGUGUCGUCGAGACUUCCUGGAUACGCGAUUUGUGCCAGGAGUAUCGAAGUCGCGACGUAUCGCGACACGGAGAGAAUCGAUUCGCGGCGUUCGUUCCCGUCGCUUUUUAUGUUUUUUCUUUUUGUUUGUUUGUUUGUUUGUUGAGGAAAGUGUCUUUCUCUCUCGGGCUCUCGUCUCGGCUUCGGAUGACCGAAGAUAUAUGUCGUGUAUCGUAUACCGAGAUAACGCUGUGACGGUCACAGGCAUACGAUGAACCCACAUCCGCAUUUUACCUGUCGAUACCUGUGUGUAUAUGUGUGCGUGCGAAUGUAUGUGUCAGUGCUUGCGCGUGUGCGUGUGUAUCGCGUUCUCCGUCAGUAUUGUAUUUGGUAUAUCACAAGAGCGGGGGGGGA